AUGUCUCUGGCAAAGCUACCUAAAGCUUUCGGCCUUGCUGGAAACUUUAAGAAGGGUUAUUUUCCACACUUGUUUAAUACCCUGGAAAAUCAGCAAUACGUGGGUCCUUUACCAUCUGCUGAAUUUUACGGUCCGAAUCAAAUGAAGCCCGAGGACCGACAUACGUUUUUAAACUGGCAUCAAGAGCAUCAGAAUGAUGUUUUUAAUUUCCAGGAGGAAAUCGUCGCAUAUUGCAAGUCGGACGUGGAAAUACUAAUGAGAGCCUGUCUUUCAUUUAGGUCGAUGCUUCUUAACGAGUGUAAGGUUUGUCCAUUCACCGAAGCAACAACAAUAGCAUCAGCGUGUAAUAAGGUGUUUGCACGAAACUAUCUGGAAGCCGAUACAAUCGCCGUUAUUCCCCGUGGUGGUUACCGAUUGGCUGAUAAUCAAUCGGUUAUCGCUUUACAAUGGUUGUUGUGGGAGGAGAACGUACGAGGAAUCACCAUACACCACGCCGGUACAGGUCGAGAACAUCUAGUAGGAGGAGGACUCAAAGUUGACGGUUUUAAUGAGGAGCAGCGUCAGCUGUUUCAAAUCAUGCAAAAUCGUUACGAGGCCACCACCAUUAAAACGACUCGACUUCGCAACCUGGGAUUUGAAGUCAUCGAAAUAUGGGAAUGUAACUUCCGCGCAUUAUUAAAACAGAGUUGUGAAGUGCGUGAUUUUGUCGAAAACCAUCCCGUGUUGGCAACAUCACCAUUGAAUCCUCGUGACGGUUUUUAUGGAGGCCGAACCGGAAACACUGUUACAUACUACAAAUGUAACGAGGGUGAGCGCAUCAAAUACAUCGAUGUAUGUUCGUUGUACACUUUUGUGUGCAAGUACGGCCGAUUUCCUCUAGGACACCCCACAAUUUAUGUAGGAUCUGCAGCCCGGGACAUUGAUUUAUCCACCGUAGAUGGCAUGGUGAAAUGUAAAAUUUUACCACCCGCGCAGUUGUACCACCCCGUUCUCCCUGUCAGGAUGAAGGGAAAGUUAAUGUUCGCCCUUUGCAACAGCUGUGGUGAAAGUUCACAGCAGCGUGAGUGUUGCCAUACGGAGGAAGAACGAUUGUUCACAGGGACAUGGGUAAUUGCAGAAGUCCUGAAAGCAUUGGAAAAAGGCUACAGGAUUGUGGAAGUGUUUGAAGUGUGGACAUACGAAACGCGUCAAUACAAACAUGCGGCGGGUCAGCCGGGUUUAUUCACAGAAAUGAUGAAUAAAUUUAUCAAAAUUAAACAGGAAGCCUCCGGCUGGCCCGCGUAUUGCAUAAACGAUGUGGUGAAACAACAACAAUAUCUGGUGGAUUUUGAAGAAGCUGAAAAAGUGAAGCUAACACCGGAACGCAUCGAAAAUAACCCUGGUCUUCGAUCCCUCGCCAAAUUAAUGUUGAAUUCGUUCUGGGGAAAGUUUGGACAACGUGAAAACCAACCACAAACAACCAACGUCAACGAUCCUCAGGAAUGCUUUGAUCUCCUUGCGCAUCCGUCGAAGAAUGUCAACAGUAUAACUCCUGUGAAUGAACAAACUGUUGUAAUCAACUGGGAGUACGCCGACGAGGCUGUGGAAUCUCUGCCUACUGUGAAUGUGGUAAUUGCAGCUUUUGUUACAGCACAGGCCCGUUUGAAGUUGUACGAAUAUCUAGAGAUGUUGGAUACACGUGUUUUAUACUACGACACUGAUUCCGUUAUCUAUGUGUCAAGCAACCAUUUUCCAGAUCCCCCGACCGAAAAUUCAUUGGGGAUAUGA